AUGGAUGAUUCGAGAGUGGCAAAGUGCACCUAUGGUGGUGGAACUUUAAUGCUUAUUUUGUCUUCAACUACUACUUUUGAUUGGCUGUCCAACGAGUUGUGUAGUAGGUUCAAGCUGAAGUUAGGUCAUUUUGAGUUGAGGUACUCUUAUACGGAUUGCUCCAAUUGUUUAUUGGAAUUGGAUGAUGAUUUGAAAAUCAUGUUUAUGGUAUGUGGACUGACGAAGGAUCAAUUAAUUCACAUUGCUGUUAGGGAUAAGGCUGUAGUGAAUUAUGUUCAAACUGUUAAUACGAACAUAAUUGCUUCUCCUUUUUUGUUGGAGGCUGUUCCUAACAAUUACAGUUUUGCAGAAGAUGAGGAUACAUGUAAAUAUUCAAUUCAAACUGGUAGUAUUGUUGAUUCAAAUGCAGCUUCUUCUUCUUCUUUGAGUAUGGAUUUUGAUGGUAUUAGCAGUGAGUAUGGAAAUGAAUAUUUAGGCAAAUAUGGUAGUUGUGGAGGUCGUAAGUAUUUGUCUACUGAUUGGGAGGGUUAUAUUACUCAUGAGGGUCAGAAGUUUGAGGGUGGAGUUUGUGAAUUCCGUGAUAAGUUGGCUAAGUACUCGAUUGAGAAUGGUUUUAAGAUGAAAUAUUUGAAAAAUGAGCCUCGUCGUGUUACUGCUGUGUGUGCUAAGAAGGAAUCAAAUGGCUGUGAGUGGCAUGUGCAUGCUGUUAAGUCGAAUAACUUAAAUAAUGCACACAGUUGCAGUGGUUUGAUCCGUGAGAAGAGAAAUAAGGCAAUGGGGUCUCGUUUGGUGUCUUCAAUUGUCAAAGAUAAGGUUCGUAGCAAUCCUUUGGUAAGGCCUAUUGAGCUGAUUACUGAUUUGAAGGAGAAUUAUGGAUUGGAUAUCCCUUAUCAUGUUGCGUGGUAUGGGAAGGAGUCGGCUACUAAGGAUUUGCAUGGUGAUGAGGAGUUGUCUUAUGCUCACCUGCCUUGGUAUGUGAAUGUUUUGAAGGCCAGCAAUGUCGGAUCUCAUUGUGUGCUUGACUGUGGCGAGGAUGGUUCUCGUUUCCAGCGGAUCUUUAUAUGUUUUAAGGCCUCCAUUGAUGGUUUUCGGUGGUGUAGGCCUAUGCUGUUCAUUGAUGGUACUUUCGUCACAAACAAGUACAAGGGUACUCUUCUAGGAGCUACUGCAAAGAAUGGAAAUAAAGAAGUAUUCCCUUUUGCCUUUGCGAUUGUAUCUGGUGAAACUGUGGAUAAUUGGAGGUGGUUUCUGCAAAGGAUAUCUGAAGUCUUGGUUGAUGAAGGUAGGCAACUUACAUUCAUUUCUGAUAGGCAUGGUGCUAUUAUCGAUGCUGUUAGGACUGUUUUUCCUGCUUCUCCCCAUGGUUUUUGUCUAUAUCAUUUGAAAGAGAACUUGAAAAAGAAGUAUCCGCAUGCUGUUGGUUCCUCUUUCAAGGAUCAUAUUUUAUGGCUUUUUUGUAAGUUGUUGUAUGCACCGACUGUUGAGGAAUAUCAAGAUACGUAUGGGGAGGUUAGUAAUGCCUUGUCCGAGUCGUUUAAUUCAUGGAUUAAGGAUGUGCGUAGGCUUCCAAUUUAUGAGAUGAUUGACACUGUUAGGAUCAAAAUGAUGGAGAUGAUUUCUAGGAGGAAGCUUGCAUCCGAGAAAUGGAGUAGUGUUUUGUGUCCUGUUAUUGAGGAUGAGUUGAAGAAUUUAGCUGCAAAGGGUCGUCAUUGGAGGAUAUGUCGCGCGAGUGAAUCUGUUUUUGAAGUUCAUGCUGAUUUGAGUGUUAUGGUCAAUUUGGACGAGAGGUUUUGCUCCUGUUAUCAGUGGCAAUUGCUUGGGUUUCCGUGUCAGCAUGCGAUUCAAGUUAUCCAACAUUCCGGGUUAUGUUUGUACAACUUUGUGGAUGAGUAUUACAAGGCAGACUUUUAUAAGGCUACUUAUGCAACCCCUAUAUUUCCCAUACCUGAUAUUGAGAAGCCUCCUCCUGCAGAUGUUUUUCUUCUACCUCCUCAUACAAGAAAGCCUCCGGGACGACCUCCGACAAAGCGCUUCAAGUCAAGCAGUGAAACUAAAAGGCAGGUGAAGUGCAAGAGAUGCGGUUCUUGUGAUCGUCAUAAUAGGAGGACUUGCAAGGUUCCUAUUUGA